AUGGGGGACAAAAGUUUGAAAAGGAAAAGGAGGCGCAAUUACUCUUCAGGCAGCGGUUCAUCGGAAAGUGACAGUGACGUUGAGGCGGCGGCCAGUAAGGCAGAUUUAUCAGAAUACAUUGUGCGUGUGGAUGAUGAGGGUAACGUUACCCGUGUAAAAAGAGGAGAAAAGCUAACUUUUGAUGGCGCACUUUCAACUACCCGGAAGGAGGAAGAUGAGGUGCAGAAGUCGUAUAAGGUUCUUGGCGAAGAGACCUUUGUUGAUCUGAAAAAACUUUCAGUCACUUCUAAAUGGGUUGCAGCAGGGGCUACGUUUCCUGCUGACCUGACCGACGAGAAUUUAGUUGAAUUGGACGAAGUUUCUGGUCUGCAUCCUUUACUGCGUGAAGCAGUGAGAAAAAAUGUUUCUCGUUGGGACUUGGCAAUUUCUGCUCCGACAGGGAGCGGGAAGACGUUAUGUUACGUUAUUCCAAUAGUAAACGCUCUCACUUGUUGGGUCCCUUCCUGUGGCGUCUAUGCUUUAAUUGUCGCUCCUGUCCAGAGUUUGGUUGUACAAAUUGAACGUGAAUUUGAAAGAUUCAACUGUUUUGGUAUUCCAACAGCCACCUUAAGCGGAAGCAGUGAUCCUGCAGUGGAAAGGCGCCAGCUUGGAAAUGCAGUAGUUGUUUUCAGUACUCCUGGUCGUCUUAUUGACCAUCUUCUUGACCCUGACUCGAAGUUUGAUCUCACUUCACUAAGAUAUUUAGUAAUUGAUGAAGCUGAUCGGAUGCAACAAAAUGCUCGUUUGGAAUGGCUUGAUACUGUUGAGAAGGCUGCAAAAACCGGAAAGGUAUGGAACUCUCUUGAUAGUGUUUACAAAGCAAGAUAUCUACAAAAAAUUCUGGUUUCUGCAACACUUUCUCGUGACGUUGAAAAGCUGCAUGUGUGGUGUUUACGCUAUCCCAAGCUUUUCCGUGCAACAAAAUUUUCUGCGUGUGAAGUAGAGAAAGGAACCGAGAGUGAAAUAAAUGCUGACAUUGGUGCAGUGAUAGUACCCAGCUCAUUGAAACAUAAAUUAAUUGUGACUGUUUCGACUAUGAAACCCUUGGCGGUCUAUUCAGAAAUUUCGAAUAAUCCGGAUUGGCAAAAAAUCCUUAUAUUUGUGAACAGCAGGUUAGCUAGUCAGCGUCUGACGAAGGUUUUACAAUUACUUGGAGCAGGCAGUUUUCAAGUUGAAGAGUUGUCUGCCAAUUUAUUCGGUCGUAGAAGAUUGAAAGUGUUACGAAGGUUUGCGAAAGGAAAUACGAGAGUUUUGAUUUCAAGUGAUGUCCUCUCUCGUGGUAUCGAUGUUCAGAAUAUUGAUGUUGUAUUUAACUAUGAUAAACCGCAAAAUGAGAGGCUUUUUGUUCAUCGUGUUGGUAGGACUGCACGUUGCGGUAAGGAAGGUGCCGCAGUAUCAGUUGUUUUACCGGAUGAGAAACUUGCUUUUGACAAGAUGUAUCAGUCGUUGAGUGGUGCAAAAGAUUCCGAAAGUAUGGUUUUUAACAAACCAAAGGAGGGUCCUUUGCUAGACAAGUACAGAGCGGCUUUGGAAACAUUGAAGAAAUCAGUUGAAGUGAAGGAAAAGAAGUAUGCCGAAUGUUUGGCUGCCCGAGCCUUUUUGAGGAUGGCUGAUCUGAAAUAUCAUCUUGAGGAGCGUGCAAAUGCUGAGUUUAUGUCGCCGAACGGCAAGUUGCCUUUCCUUAGGCUUAAAGGGACUGGGAAUAAUGAAGCGAUAUUUUCGGAAUUUCUUUGUAUAGUUGAUAUGGCAUCAAAGAAGGGUGUCCGCCUUACAGCUGGAUUUGUCGAUGCAGAGCUGGCAGAUAUGAAAGCUCAUAUUGCUAUGAUUGAGGAGAUGCUAAAGACGGCAGAGAUCUACAUCGUUUGGGCAGACGAAAAGACAUAUUCACGAACUACUUGUGAAAGAUACGGUUCUGUUUUUAGUUGGCCAUUGAAUUAUAUUCUUCCCAUAUUGAAAAGGAGGGAAAUGUUGGCUUACUUGAAAGCUCUGGGUUGGGACAAGAAACCAGAAGAGUUUGUUAUUGAUUCUGCUGACCGAUGUUUUAAAAGCCUGUCAGCAAAACUUGGGCAAAACAAAUAUUUCAUGGGUGAGUUUCCGACCCAGUUGGAUGCAUUGGCGUUUGGACAUCUGUACACAAUUUUAACUACAGAAAUCCCGAACAUGGGACUAGUAAAUAGUCUCCGAAAAUUUUCAAACUUGAUCGAGUUUUGUAGGAGAGUAGAACAUGAGUACUUUUCUUGCCAGUGA